UGGAUUUGAUCUUGUCUUUGUGACUCCAAGUCUAGCAUUCUGCUCCUUGGUUCUUACUGGCUUAUCAGUCUACUGCAGCUUCACCCCAAUGCCAAGAUCUAUUGUGACCAGGGAGCAUUGCCUGGGAUAUUUGUCAGCUCCCUGGGCUGGCCAGCAUUGCCUGCUUCCCUCAGUGGCUCCCUUCGCCUCUGGGUCACUUGGUGGUUCAGUUUAGCGUUGUUUAGUUCGUCUCACUUUCCUAAUUAGCCCAGCCGCAGUUAGAAUAACCCAACAAAGAUGGCGGCUUCCUCUAGGACUCGGUGUGGUGCACACACACCCCUCCCCUCCCUGGCAGACAAUUGGGGCUUCUCUACUCGCUGAUGACUCCCUUCUGCUUAGCCUGUGCCAAGGGGCCACUCUAGUAAACCCACCUUGGCUGGACUAAAGUGAGAAUCUGGAUCUCUCCCAGAGUGGCCAAGUCGUUCCCCUUCAAGUGCCCUUGUCUGCGCAUCCCAUUGGCCGGGCAGGCAAAGAGGAGGCUGUUGCUGGGCCAAGGCAGCCCGGCUGGCCUCCUGACAAGCCACUCACCCUUCUAGCCCAGCGUGAAGUUGGCACUCAGCGUUGUGGCUAGUUUGGGUGAUGGAGGGGCCAGACUGUCUCCCAGGACUCUGGCAGAGGACCAGAGUGGGGGGGGGGGAGUGCUGGACCCAGAUGGUCUCCGGAUGGUUCAUUCUUUUUCCUGCUGGGUGUGUGAGCCCAUAGCUGAAAGGAGAGUGGCAGGAGAAUGUCCAAUGCCAUGGCAAAGCUGUCUUGAGGAAGAGCUCCAUAAAGCAGCAGAGCUUGGCAGAGGUUCCUGAGCUUAAGUGGGGGAAGGAAAAAGAAGAGACCGUUUCAUAAGCACCUACUAUGUGCUAGGAACGAUGCUGACCACUUCAUAAGCACCGUCUCAUUUGAUCCUCACAACACCCUGGGAGGUGAGCCUCAUUUUACAACUGAGGAAACUGAGUCAGGUAGUGGUGACUUGUUCAGGGUCACACAACUAGUAAGCAUCUGAGGCUAGAAGUGAACUCAGGUCUUCUUAGCUCCAAGCCCCUUGUUCAUUGUCAAUGUGUGCUGGUUGGGACAGAGGGAAGAAGGCUUGUCAUCACCAGAAAACCUUCCUAAUGGCCAGAGGUGUCAGAAGUCGAAGGGGCUGUUUGGGGAGGCCUGAACAAGGGCUGAUGGGUCAUUGGGAAUCUUUGGUGAACCAGAUGGCCUUAGAGGUUCAGCGAGCCCGCCAUCAUUUAAGCUGGGGUCAAAGACUGCACUCAUUCCAGCGCCCCAGGAUGCCUGGAUGUUAUCGGGAGGGUGGGCGUGAGAGGGGCCCACGGGCCUUUUGGGUUCCAGCCUUCCCUCGGCAGAGGCUCAGGGCCUCUUGUUUUCAAGGCCACCCCCUGUCCCUCCAGGUCCCUGGGGGCAUUUGGGAGAUCCGGUCCCGCAGUGUCAGCCGUGGUCCAGGCUCCUCGUCGCCAAACUCAAUUCCAACAUGGAUUUGGCUGUUUAGAAGGGGAAGCAUUUUUCACCGUAAACACUCCAGAGACGGACAAUUGCUGGUUAAAAGGACGCGUUUUCUCUUCUGCUUUUCCCGUAAUCUAGAUGUGCAGACGAUUAGCGGCAUCAACAUCCCACGAAUGUUUCUCCCCAGCAGGACCCGAGCCCUUCCCGCCUCCCGCCCCAUCUCCCUGCAGAAGCUCGCUGGGAGACUCCGAGCCACGGGGACCCCAUUUCCAUGUUUCCAGCCUAACCUAAGCGCUCCACACUCAAGCUAACGACUUGUUUUUUAAACAAAUUCUCUUGUCAGCAAAGCUUCUGAUUUCUGGGCUUGGGAGCGCCAGGCGAAGGGCUCGCUCUUUGGGACAACCUCCGAUUGGCUGGCGUCAAGGCCACGUGAAAGGAAGAGGAAGCUGCAGGGUUGUAGGGAGUGGACGGUGCCCGGAUGGGGCGGGCUCACGAGGUGUGGCCCAUCAGCUUCCCGGAGGCCCACUUUCCCCCCAUCUCAGCUGGGCUAGAUUUCAUGGCUCCCCCCCUCACCUCAGUAUGUAGGAGACAAAGCGGGCGGAUGCGGGCAGGCCCAGAUGAGGUGUCGCCAUAGACAAAAGCUUGGGAAACGCCACGUUGAGGGGUGACGUGAUCCCGAUUCCCCUUUUGGGGGAAGAGCACAAUGACCACAACAACUAGGCCUGACUCCAGCACGCUCCUCCCACUGCCCUGAGUGUCUGUGAUCAUGCGGGAGGGGCGGGGGGCCAGACAGAGCUGGGGUUGUCCUGGGAAGUCGAGAACUCCCGGGGCUCCCUCUCUAUCGGACACCCUGCAGCGGGGCUGCACAAGGACUGCCUCAAGGCUUCGGGCUGAGCUUUGCGUUCGGGGCCCCUUUGGUGGGAUGUUGGAGGGAUUCCCGGAGGAGGCACAGCCGUGGUCCGCGGCCCCGGCUUUGCCAUCUGAAGGCGUUGGAAGGGCCGGUGACCCUGCGGGCUUUUCCUCACCCACAGAGGAAAAAGCAGUAGCUUCCCUUCAGGCCUGCUCUCUCGGGAAGGAGUCCAACCUGGGCAGCCUGAAUUCUGGCCGCCGAUGCGUGUGGCCAUCCCUGGGGCCUGUCGCGGAAUUGAUGCGCUUACACUUGGUGGGUCAUUAUGCUGCUGCACCUGUGUAGUGUGAAGAAUCUGUACCAGAACCGAUUUCUGGGCCUGGCUGCCAUGGCUUCUCCGUCGAGGAACUCCCAAAGCCGGCGGCGGUGUAAAGAGCCGCUCCGGUACAGCUACAACCCCGACCAGUUCACCAACCUGGACCUCCGCAACGGGCCCCGCGACCCCGUCGCCAUGCCCCGGUCCACCAGCGACACGGACCUCGUCACCUCCGACAGCCGCUCCACGCUCACAGUCAGCAGCUCCUGCUACUCCAUCGGGCACUCCCAGGACCUGAUCAUUCACUGGGACAUCAAGGAGGAGGUGGACGCCGGGGACUGGAUCGGCAUGUACCUCAUCGAUGAGGUCUUGUCUGAAAACUUCCUGGACUACAAGAACCGUGGCGUCAGUGGUUCUCACCGGGGCCAGAUCAUCUGGAAAAUUGAUGCCAGUUCCUACUUUGUGGAGCCUGAAACCAAGAUUUGCUUCAAGUACUACCAUGGAGUGAGUGGGGCUCUGCGGGCAACCACCCCCAGUGUGACCGUCAAGAACUCAGCAGCUCCUAUUUUGAAAACUAUCGCCAAUGAUGAGGCUGCCCAGGGUCAAGGAAGCCGGAGACUGAUCAGCUUCUCGCUCUCAGAUUUCCAGGCCAUGGGGCUGAAGAAAGGGAUGUUCUUUAAUCCUGAUCCUUACCUCAAGAUUUCCAUCCAGCCAGGGAAACACAGCAUCUUUCCAGCCCUUCCUCAUCAUGGCCAGGAGAAGAGGUCCAAGAUCAUCUGUAACACCGUGAACCCCAUCUGGCAAGCAGAGCAUUUCAGCUUUGUCUCCCUCCCCACGGACGUGCUGGAGGUUGAGGUGAAGGACAAGUUUGCCAAGAGUCGGCCCAUCAUCAAGCGCUUCCUGGGGAAGCUGUCCAUGCCUGUGCAGAGGCUCCUGGAGAGACACGCGAUCGGGGACAGGGUGGUCAGCUACAGCCUGGGCCGCAGGCUCCCGACUGACCACGUCAGCGGACAGCUGCAGUUCCGAUUCGAGAUCACCUCCUCCAUCCACCCAGCAGAUGAUGAGGAGAUCUCGGUGAACGCUGAGCCGGAGCCCGAGCCGGCUGACCUUCAGGAGGGCCCCCCAGACAGCCGGGCAGAGGAGGCCGCAGCGGCCCAGCUGGCCGGGGAGGAGCGCGGGGAGCUGGACCGGCCGGCCUUGGGGGGAGAGGUGAACGGUGUGGGGGAUGAGAGCCUGGAGGCCACCACAGAGGCCCGAGAGGAGGGCGAGGCUGGCAGGGAGGCUGCGGAGCCCAUGCCGGCGGAGGAGCUGCCCGCGCUCAGCGCAGAGGACUUGGAUGUGUUCCCCGACACUCCUCCUCCCCUUCCUCCCUCUCCUCCCCCACCUCUGGAGACCAGCGAGGGCCUCUCGGCCGAUCAGGGGGACGGCGAAGCUCCCCCCGGUGCCCAGGACCCGGGGCCCGAGGAGGCUGAGCCGGAUCCCUCGGCUAGUGAGCACCAGGAGAAGGCCGAGGAGCAGGGGGAGGAGGGGGAGGAGGAGGCAGAGGGGGAGGAAGGCCUGCCUGACCUGCAGGAGGAGGACCGUCUGGCCCUCCGGCCCUCGGUGAAGAGGAAGAGCCGGCUGUGCUCCCUGCCCGUGUCUGAGCUGGAGACGGUCAUCGCCUCGGCCUGCGGGGAGCCCGAGACCCCGCGCACACACUACAUCCGCAUCCAUAACCUGCUGCACAGCAUGCCCUCGGCGCAGGGGGACGGCGGGCCCGAGGAGGCCGAGGAGGAGGCGGCCGAGGAGGAGUCCACCGUCAAGGACUCUUCCGAGAAGGACGGCGUCAGCGAGGCCGACACGGUGGCCCUGGAAGAGGGGCCCGAGGCGGGGGACGCCGACGCGGGCGGUGCCAGCCUGGCGCCCCACAGCCCGUCCGUCCAGCGGCUCUUGGACCUGAACGGCGGCUCUCUCACCGACAGCGAGCCCCGGCCCAGCACCGGCAGUGAGAGCGACUCGAGCCCGCGGCAGGGCCACGAGAACGACUGCGAGGGCUGUGACACGUCCUGCUACAGCACGUCCUGCUACAGCACCUCCUGCUACAGCACCUCCUGCUACAGCACCUCCUGCUACAGCCCGUCCUGCUAUGAGAGCAACAACCGCUUCUCCAGCCACACCCGCUUCUCCUCCGUGGACAGUGCCAAGAUCUCCGAGAGCACCGUCUUCUCCUCGCAGGACGACGACGACGAGGAGAACAGCGCCUUCGAGUCUGUGCCAGGCUCCGUGCCCAGCCCGGAGCUCGACCGGGAGGCUGGCGACGGCCCUGCCGCCUGGCCCGACGACGGCCACGGCAACCCCGCCGGAGCAGCAGACGGGCUGGGGUCCCCCCUGGCCGGACCAAGCAACCGGAGAGAAGGUGAUUGCCCUUUACUCCAAAACUCCCAGCCAGUUGGCCUGCUUCCCUCCCUGAGGCCUGACCACCAUCACUACCCUACUAUCGAUGAGCCUCUUCCACCAAACUGGGAAGCUCGGAUCGACAGCCACGGGAGGGUGUUUUACGUGGAUCACGUCAACCGGACAACCACGUGGCAGCGCCCAACAACAGCAGCCACCCCCGAUGGCAUCCGUCGUUCAGGCUCAAUUCAGCAGAUGGAGCAGCUCAACAGACGGUACCAGAACAUCCAGCGCACGAUCGCCACGGAGCGCUCCGAAGAGGACUCCGGCGGCCCAGCGGGCCCCGAGCAGGCUCUGGCUGGAGGAGGAGGUGGCGAUGGCAGUGGCAGUGGAGGCGGAGGAGGGGGAAGUGACUCGGAGGCCGACUCCUCUCAGCCAAACCUAGACUUGGGCAGAGAGGGGUCCCUGUCCCCCGGGAACUCUCAGAAAAUCACUCUGUUGCUCCAGUGCCCAGCUGUCAAGUUCCUCACCAACCCCGAGUUCUUCACUGUGCUGCAUGCCAACUAUAGUGCCUACCGCUCCUUCACCAAUAGCACCUGCCUGAAGCACAUGAUCCUGAAGGUCCGCCGCGACGCCCGGAACUUCGAACGCUACCAGCACAACCGGGACCUGGUGAACUUCAUCAACAUGUUUGCGGACACCCGCCUGGAGCUGCCCAGGGGCUGGGAGAUCAAGACGGACCAGCAGGGCAAGUCUUUUUUUGUGGACCACAACAGCCGGGCGACCACUUUCAUCGACCCCCGGAUCCCUCUUCAGAACGGACGUCUUCCCAACCACCUGACGCACAGGCAGCAUCUCCAACGACUGCGCAGCUACAGUGCUGGGGAGGCAUCCGAAGUCUCUCGGAAUCGAGGCGCUUCCCUCCUGGCCAGACCAGGACACAGCCUGGUGGCGGCCAUCCGAAACCAACACCACCAUGAGUCGUUGCCUCUGGCGUACAAUGACAAGAUCGUCGCGUUCCUCCGCCAGCCAAACAUUUUUGAAAUGCUGCAGGAGCGCCAGCCAAGCCUGGCCAGGAACCACACACUCAGGGAGAAGAUCCAUUACAUCCGCACAGAGGGCACGCAUGGGCUUGAGAAACUGUCCUGUGAUGCGGACCUGGUCAUUCUGCUAAGCCUCUUUGAAGAAGAGAUCAUGUCCUACGUCCCCCUGCAGGCCGCCUUCCACCCUGGCUACAGCUUUUCCCCUCGGUGUUCCCCCUGCUCGUCGCCUCAGAACUCUCCAGGCUUGCAGAGAGCCAGCGUGAGAGCCCCCUCACCCUACAGGAGAGACUUUGAAGCCAAGCUCAGAAACUUCUACCGAAAACUCGAAGCCAAAGGAUUUGGUCAGGGUCCGGGGAAGAUCAAGCUCAUCAUACGGCGAGACCACUUGCUCGAAGGAACCUUCAACCAAGUGAUGGCCUAUUCCCGUAAGGAGCUCCAGCGGAACAAGCUGUACAUCACGUUUGUUGGAGAGGAGGGCCUGGACUACAGCGGACCCUCGCGAGAGUUCUUCUUCCUUCUGUCUCAGGAGCUCUUCAACCCUUAUUAUGGCCUCUUCGAGUAUUCUGCUAACGACACGUACACGGUCCAGAUCAGUCCCAUGUCUGCCUUUGUGGAAAAUCAUCUCGAAUGGUUUCGCUUCAGCGGCCGCAUCCUGGGCCUCGCCCUCAUCCACCAGUACCUCCUCGACGCCUUCUUCACGAGACCCUUCUACAAGGCUCUGCUCCGGCUGCCCUGCGACCUGAGCGACCUGGAGUACCUGGACGAGGAGUUCCACCAGAGCCUGCAGUGGAUGAAAGACAACAACAUCACGGACAUCCUGGACCUCACGUUCACCGUCAACGAGGAGGUGUUCGGGCAGGUGACAGAAAGAGAGCUGAAAUCUGGGGGGGCCAAUACCCAGGUGACGGAAAAGAACAAGAAGGAGUACAUCGAGCGGAUGGUGAAGUGGCGAGUGGAGCGGGGGGUCGUGCAGCAAACGGAGGCGCUCGUCCGGGGCUUCUAUGAAGUUGUCGACUCGAGGCUCGUCUCCGUCUUUGACGCCAGGGAAUUGGAGCUGGUGAUCGCCGGCACGGCGGAGAUAGACCUGAAUGACUGGCGCAACAACACAGAGUACCGAGGAGGUUACCACGAUGGGCAUAUUGUAAUCAGGUGGUUCUGGGCAGCCGUGGAGAGAUUCAACAAUGAGCAAAGACUAAGAUUACUUCAGUUUGUUACUGGAACCUCAAGUGUACCCUAUGAAGGCUUUGCCGCCCUCCGUGGGAGCAACGGACUCCGUCGUUUCUGUAUAGAAAAAUGGGGCAAAAUAACCUCCCUUCCCAGGGCGCACACGUGCUUCAACCGCUUGGACCUCCCCCCCUACCCUUCGUACUCCAUGCUGUACGAGAAGCUGCUGACGGCUGUGGAGGAGACGAGCACCUUCGGGCUGGAGUGAGCCUCGCCCGGCCAGCUCUACCGCCUCUUCCCAUCACGUGGGCAUCACAUGACUUUGUUUUCCAGCCGACCCCAGAUCGACACAAGCUGUGCAUGAACAAUAACGGCCUCUUCCGCGACGUCACCUCCAGGCUUCCAUCGUGUCCGGGCUCUGCGGCCUGCUCGCUCACUCGUAUGCAAUACCCACUGCGGGGGUCCCUCCCGCACCUCGUCACUCACUCACGGCGAAAUGCGAAUGCGGUUAUGCUACACUGACCAAAUGUUAACCAACGUUUACCUUCCUCCAGACCGACCAGAGACGAGCCGCCCUCGGCCUCCUUCCCCACCGGCCGCGCUCCCCCUGUGCAAUCUCCAUCCACCCAGGAGGCGGCCCUUGGCCGAAGGGACGUUUUUAUACGUUGACUCGUGACCCAGCUGCGUGGCACCCCCUUCGCUGGAACUGACCCAAACACAUGGUGCAAAUAAGACAUUUCGAACAAACAGCAAAGGUCAUGGGAGGCGAGGCAGAGCAUCCCUGCUGCGGGACCACCGCUAUUUGCAGAUGCGCACACGCUUGGGGCGGGGAGGGGUCUGGAGAGACGGAGGGGAGCCUCUCUGCGGGGUUGCCUCAAAAGCACAAACGUGCCCACCCAAGGGGAGACUCCCCGCCUGGCCUAGAGCAACAGGCCCCGACCUCCAUCCGCAGCACUUGUGAGGAGGGCCGUGGCCGGAGGAGGAACCUCUGGCCCUUGCUCUCGCACCUUCUGGUCCUGUCCUCUGCUUUCCUGAUUGUCCGGGGUUAGUGCUUCUUCCAAACUGAACAGUGUCCAGACAAUCCCGUCUUUCCACCCCCUCGUGUGUUCCUUCUCUGGCAGGGCUGUGUUUGGUUUGGGUCAGGUGUGGCUUCCUUUUCUCAUGAAGUGCAAAUAUGCAGCCCAUCUGAGUGGCAUCUCCCAAGAGCCCAGCCGGGAGGCAGAGGUGCAGAGAUGGUGCUACCGUUGGGGCAUCGAGGCUGGCAGAGCCCCUCUUGUGAGGUAGGCGCAGGCUGGGUGACCCUGGAGCAAACCUCCCUGUCCCGUGGCCCGGGAAGUCAGACCAACAUGGCCAGGCAGCUCCUUUGAACAUUUCCUCCAAAGGGAGUUCAGGAAAGUCUUCCGUUGGGAAAUCACUGGUAAGGUCCAAAGUGAGUUGAGUUUCUCAGUGACUUCUGUGCAGUGGCUGGUUCGGAAAGGAUUUCUAACAAACCCAGCCUGAGUGGUUGUUUACGAGUCUUCUUACCCCUCUGUACUCCAUAGUCCCAGAAACAUAUCCUAAACGAAAGUGUUUCCCUUCCCUGGAAAAAGCCACCCACCAACCCACUGAAAUGCCAACUGGCUGUUCUCUCCUUGACUCGAACUCCAACCCUAACCCUAACUUCAGAAACCAAUGGGAGGCAAAGCCGUCAACAAGGGCUCACCUCAAGAAAUGACCCUGGUGAGCACCAAAUGCCUCAAUUCUGCCCCUAAAUCCCGAGUCCUGUGGGCUCCUCCUGGAGUCCCUCCACGUGGCUCAGCCCACUUUACACCCACUUGGCGAAAGCUUGCCACAAUUUGUCCAGAGAGCUUGUAUUCCUAGGAGGGGGCAAGGUCAGACUGUGCGUGAUUGGCAGCAGAAACUCCAGCCGACUCUCUAGAUCUCAGCAUCCGAAAAGUCACAAAGAAACCACCACCCAGUUUGCUUUGCCUGAGGCAGGACAGAGUGGGUAAUGGGCCAUUCUGUGAAUUGUCUGAGCUUCGGGCUGUUUGGGAAGUAGCACCAGGGACAUCUGAGAACCCAGCAAGCAUUGGAAUUCAUCUCCCCGUUCUUCCAGCACUCAUGGAGCAGAGGCACCCCAGCACUCAUGGAGCAGAGGCACAGGGAAGGAUCUGCAUUGGCCCAAGUCCUUCCCUGCCCUCUGGGGCCUCCCAGCCAAGCUGACAAGACAAGGUACCCGAUUCUAGGCACCGACACGCAGAGAGAGAGUGAGGGGUGGGCUCAGAAGGCCUUGAGCACAAAUGUGCUUGCAUUCGUGGAUGGGAAGCGCUGUGUGGCGUCCAUCCCAUGCCCACGUGGACCUCAGGCAGAGGAAGCAAACAUGGCUUUCAUGAAUGACUAGGGUUGGCAGCUUCCUUCCACCCAGGAUUGUAGAUUAAGGGCUGGAAGGGACCUUAGAGGACACCCAGGGUCAUCGUCUCAUUUUACACCCGAAAAAACUCAAGCCCAGAGAGAUGGUGACUUCCCUGAGAUCACAUGGACAAUAAGAAGCAGACACGGAAUCUGAACCCAAGUCCUUUGACUAGAGAUCUCCUUCCUCUUCCUGUUCAGGACACUUAGCCCAAGCGACUCGGGGGAUGCUCCCACAUCCUCCCCUCUGGCUUGAAGAGGAUACCCAAGAAAAUCCUUUGAAGAGAGGAAGAGUGAGGGGAGGGGUUCCCCUGGGUCCACUUUCUCUUGCCCCCCCCCCCCAGUUGUUUAGCUAACACAAGCAUGGGACAAGAAAGAGAACCACAGCCAGGAGGUGAGGAUGCCCCUCAAUGGAAUUGUUUGCUACUGGUCGAUUGUCCCAAACUAAGUGUCCCCAAGAACAGAUGUGAUGCAGUUGUCAACAAAGUUAGAUGUCUUCUAAGCAAAAGGCCCACUAAUUGGUUUCAAUUUGGCCAAAGACCCUAACCUCAUCCAUCUAAAGCUAAGAGGGGCCUCAGAGCUCAUCUCGGCCUGUCCCUUCACUGUACAGAUGAGGAAACUGAGGCCUAGAGAAGAGGAAAGCCUUGCCCAAGACCAUCUUAGGGAAUGGGCGGGAGGGGGAGUAGAUCCCGGGCUAGAACUGUGGUCCAAGUGGACCAAAGCCAGCACUCUCUCCACGGCAACAUAUCACCUUUCCCAUCAGCAAGGGAAUUAUCCUUAAUAAAUAGAGAUGGGGGGAGGGGUGAAAAGAUAAAAGAAGUAAAAAAAAUCCCACCUUGAGGAUGCCAAGGAUGUAUUUGUAUUGGUACUUUAUUAUUUGUUGAAAGUAACUCUUUGUAAUGAAGGAAACGUGGGGUUUUAUGGAGCAGAAACCAGAAAACAGCAGUUGUCCGAUUUCCUCUUCUAGUCUGGGCUGAUGGACCAGCCAAACUCCAUUGGAAUCCCAAUGGUACUGAAGGGAUCUAGGAAUUCUGAGUCUCCCGUAGGGCCACCAUCAUCUUUCUCCUUUCCUCACAGUCUCAGGGACAAUAUGCGAAUCCAGCGAGGUCCUGAAGGGACUCAUUGCCCAGGUCAGCCUCAGCUUCAACUUAGUUCAAAAGCCCAAGGAGGAGGGCUGGGUCCACUUCCUUCUUUCUAGCCCUGCUGCCCUAAAGUAAACUCUCCUAGAACUGAAACCAGACCAAGGGGAAAAGGGCCUUUGCUUUCCUGACUCUCUUUCCCCAAUAUUCCUUUUAUCAGCUUCUCUUGUCUACAAUCACAUCCAAAAUGAAGUGGAUUCAUUAUCACACUCAGGAUGUCUCUGUUCAACGACCCCACCCUCCUUCCCCCUCAGUGCUUGUUUAGAGGCUGCCUUCCCCCUAAAUAGGAUGGACUCUAACCUGGCCGGAUGGUCAUAGGAGGGAGAUUUGGAGCCCCAAUUCUAUCAGACUCCCUACUAGCACCACAUAAAUAUCCACAGGAAUGAAUAGUCAAGUGGAGAUCGUGGAAAGGUGGACUUGACAUAUGGAGGAAAUGUUCCAGCCAAACUGUAGAAUGAUUUCUGAAAGACCAAGAAAAAUCCCCAACCUGAACUCAUCCAGGGUAGCUUUAGCAAAAGACCAUGCAUGGUGGUGGUAAGGACACUAGAAUCUAGAGUCAAAAGACCUGAGUUCAGAUCCCAGCUGUUAUUUAAGAUCUGUGUGACUUUGGACAAGUCAAUCAAUCUCUACGGCCUCAUUUUCCUCAUCAGUAAAAAUCAAAACCAUUUCAGAGAUCCUUCCAUUUCUAAGUCAGUGAGUUUUCAAAGUCAUCCUUUCUCCUGGAUAUUAUGACAGUUCACGUGCUGCAUUUCACUGGGGGAUGAGCAGAGAAGGGUGGCGAGGCAGAAUUGAACUCUAUUUUUGCAGAUUCCAAACAGUUAAAUAAAGAAGUCUUGGUCCUCUUUUCCAGUGUGACCCUUCACCCUCCCCCUGCCAAACCAUCGAUUACCAGUGACAUUUCCAGGCAAGACGAAACACUUUCAGAGGAAACCCAAUAGACCUUUCUAGAUCAAAGAUGCUCCUGGAUUUGGACCAUUCCUGUCUGGGAGCUUUGGAAACGGACUGCAGUGCUGAUUCAGAAAAAUCCGAGACCAAUUCUCCAGUGGCUGUAAAGUCCUAAAGAGAAAUUGUUCUUUUCUUGUUUGUGAGUCCUCUAGUCCCUUCGUUUCCAUAGGAAAUUAGGUGCGUGUAGAUAGUGUAGAGGUAGAGUAGCUAGGGUGCCAUUAGCCGAAUUCCCCGCAGCUUCCAAUUGACCGAAAUGAAAUGUCACUCUGCUUUUGUUUAAAAAAAAAGAAAAAGAAAAAAAAUCUUCCUACUGGCCAAUGGCAGGAAAGGUCCUUGUCCUGGGACUGAUUUUGAUGACACUCAGGCUUUGCCUUCUAUCCACUCAUAUCACCGUAAAGGAAUGUCAAUAAAACCUCUUUGUUAUGGCA